CUCCAUUGUCCGUGGAUGGAGGAGGGACUGGAUAUGGAUUCGUUGGACUCCAAAUCCAUUUCUAAUAAAAGGGCGAUGCCUACUCCUAUCGCUUCACGCUCCUCACGGCCUGCAGAAGGAAAAAAAUCUGUCUGCUCGUUCUUCCUCUCUUUGAUGGCGCUCUUGACCCUCCUACCUCAAUCUUUCCAGAAGAACCCAUCUCAAUCCUCUCCCCUAAUAGACUUCUACUCCUCCCUCAGACCCUCUCUUUCCGACCUCUCCUUUUCCUCCUCCUUCCUCCCUUGCCCCGCCUUAAGCCUCCAUAAAACCUCUAAUUUCUCCCUUCCCACAAGCUCAUUCCGCGUCCUCGCCGUGGCCGUUAAUCCCCAAGAGCUCCCCGCAAGCAGUCCCCAGCGUCUGGUCAAGGAGCUAGAGGAGAGGAAGAAGGUCGCUUUCCCCAAGAAGAAACUACCACCAAAAGUACUCAUACUUAAACCCCCUCUAGACGAUGAGAAACUAACUGCAAGGUUCCUAAGUAGCCCCCAACUGUCCCUCAAAGCCUUCCCUCUCUUGAGCUCCUGCCUGCCAUCUUCCCCUCUCAACAAUGCCGAUAAGCAAUGGAUGGAUGAGUACAUCCUUGAGGCCAAACAGGCGCUUGGCUACCCUCUCGAGCCAGCGGCAAAUCUCGAGGAUUCGGAUCCGGCAAAGCAAUUCGAUACCCUAUUGUACUUGGCAUUCCAGCACCCUUCUUGUGAUCGGACGAAGGCCAGGCACGUACGGUCGGGACACUCGAGGCUCUGGUUCCUGGGGCAGUACGUGCUGGAGCUCGCGCUGGCCGAGUUCUUCCUGCAGAGGUAUCCCAGGGAGUCGCCGGGGCCGAUGCGGGAGCGGGUGUAUGGUUUGAUUGGGAAGAGGUACCUGCCAAAGUGGAUCAAAGCGGCGAGCUUGCAGCACUUGGUUUUCCCUUAUGAUGAUAUUGAUAAGAUCAUCAGGAAGGAGAAGGAACCACCAGUCAAGUCAGUGUUUUGGGCAUUAUUUGGUGCAAUUUAUUUAUGUUUUGGGAUGCCAGAAGUAUACCGUGUUCUCUUCGAGGCAUUUGGAAUGGACCCAGAUGAUGAAAGCUGUCAACCUAAACUAAGAAGACAACUUGAAGAUGUUGACUAUGUGUCUGCCGAAUUUGAAGACAGAAAGCUGACCUGGCAAGAUGUUGCUGCGUACAAGCCGCCAGAAGAUGCACUCUUUGCACACCCAAGACUUUUCAGAGCAUGUGUUCCACCAGGGAUGCACAGAUUUCGGGGUAACAUUUGGGACUAUGAAAGUAGGCCCCAGGUCAUGCAAGCGCUUGGAUAUCCUUUGCAGACGACAGAUAAAAUACCAGAAAUAACUGAGGCUAGGAAUAUUGAGCUGGGGCUUGGGCUACAGCUUUGUUUUUUACAUCCAUCAAAACACAAAUAUGAACAUCCUCGCUUUUGCUUGGAACGGUUGGAAUAUGUGGGCCAAAAGAUUCAGGAUCUUGUGAUGGCUGAGAGGUUGUUAAUGAAGCAUCUGGAUGCACCAGGAAAAUGGUUGGAUGAGAGGCAUCGGAGGCUCUUGCUCAACAAAUACUGUGGAAGAUACUUGCGUGAGAAGAACCUGCACCACCAUAUUGUAUUUGGAGAGAAGGUUCUUGAUGCAUAUGAGCACAAUCGGAGGAUGCGUAAUCCAGCCACUACAGCCGUUCAACAAGCACUUCAUGGGCUCUCAUAUACUGUUUAUGGUAAGCCUGAUGUGAGGCGCUUAAUGUUCGAAGUUUUCGACUUUGAGCAAAUUCAGCCGAAAGCAAUGUAAAUAUAUAAUCUUUUCCCACUGUUAUAUUCUAAAUUUAUUUAUCUGUUCCUUGGUUU